AUGGAAGAAGAAAAUAGCCACAGAAUGUACAACCUCUUCGUGAAGCACUUGAACGGUAAAACCCUAACCCUAUUAUUCCCAUCUCCGAUCCUUUCCGCAACUUCCAUCAAAGAUCGUCUCUUCCAUCUCACCGGAAUCCCAAUCCAACACCAGCGUCUCGUCACCGGUUGCCGCCACCUCAACGACGAUAAAUCGGCGAUAUGCUGUUCGCCGGAAGAAGGAAACAUGUUCCCCUCGGUGCGUCUGCUUCUUCGUCUGAAAGGCGGGAAGGGAGGAUUCGGAUCGUUGUUGCGUGGGGCGGCGACGAAAGCGGGGCAGAAGAAGACGAACAAUUUUGAUGCGUGUAGGGAUAUGAGUGGAAGAAGAUUGAGACAUGUUAAUGCGGAGAAGAGGUUGGAGGAAUGGAGAGAAGGUGAAGAGGAUAGGAAGCUUGAGAAGGUUGCUGAGGAUUUUCUGAAGAAACAGAUGAAGAAGAAUAAGGGGAAGGGGAAGAGUGGUGGUGUUGAGGGUGAGGCUCAGAAGUAUGUUGCUAAAUAUAGGGAACAAUCUGAACGAUGUGUUGCGGAUGUUGCUUUGUCUGUUCAGGAAUCUCUCAGAAAUUCUAAGCGUAAGUCUUCAACAAUAUCGGAAGCUCCUCAUCCUCGCGAUGCCAAGAAAUUGAAGAUAUGGAUGGGGAAGAGGGCACUGAGUGACAGUGACAGUAGUGAUGAUUCUGAUGAAGAUGUUAAUGAUGUUGAGGAAGAAACUGAGAAAUCUGUUUUGUUAAAUAGUCAGAACGAGUCUCGGUUAAACAAAGCUGACGAUAGUUCUGAUUCUGUGACUGGUCUAAAGAGGGAUGGAGGCUCUUCUGGGGUUGGAUCGUGUGAGAGUGGAUCUGAAGAAGAAAAGGAAACAGUUGUAGAAGAAGGCAAAGUGGAAACUGUUGAAGGAUCCCCCCAAAGCAAUGAAACUAUUGAGGCAAAACUGAGUGUUUCUGCUGAACCCAUGAUAAAUGAUGACAUGGCUGAGGCUAAUGCUGUUCCUUGUUCAGAGAUGUUGGAUUCUGGAAUUAGUGCUCAAGAUAUUGUCUGUCAGGAUUACAAGGUUGAUGACACUGUUACUCAAGCCACAGAUCUUGUGAGCUCUGAAAUUGUGCCUAAUGACAUGGAAAUUGACGGUUCUCUUGGGCAUAAACCAGCUGUCAUUGAAGAAAGCGUGCCAAGCACUAUUGUUCCAGCAAAGGAAGAGCCUCUGAAUUUUGAUGCUUUUAAUUCAGCUGCAGAACUUGAGGUUCUUGGAUUGGAAAAGUUGAAGACUGAACUCCAGUCACGGGGACUGAAAUGCGGAGGUACUUUGCAGGAGCGUGCUGCCAGACUUUUUCUUUUAAAAUCGACACCCCUGGAUAAACUUCCAAAGAAACUGCUAGCGAAGAAAUGA